CUUUAUUUUGUUCGUUUUCACAUGCCCCGACAUUGACUCGUCACUAACAUUGAUUUCGUGUCACGAUGAAGUCCACCUUCGCUUUCUUUGUUGUUGCCCUCACGGGACCAAUCUUUGCACGCUUAUACAAGCGCGAUGAAUGCGCAACUGCCUGCACUGAUGCAUACAAUUCAUGCCGAGUUGAACCGGAUGCUAGCCAAGCCUUGUGUGCGGAGGACUACGAAAGAUGUCUCGGGUUCAACCCAUUCUUGGGCUCAAGCUCAAUCACAGUUCCGACAGCAUGUUCUAGAGGCACUAUCGGUGCUUUGAGCACAGCUGCUGCGGAGUCGGCCACUACUAUCGACACGCGCUCGAGCGCUUCCAGCUCUUCAGCACCCGGAUAUGGCGGGAGUUCAUCUUCUCCUAUUGGUACUGACACCACGACUCCCGCAGUCAGUACAGACACCAGUAUACCUGAAACAUACGACUGCGUUACCGAGUGUAACGGUGACUAUAACACCUGUCGCACCGCACCGGAUGCCAAUAUGGCUAGCUGUGCUGCCCAGUACGCCCAAUGUCUCGGGUACAACCCGUUCAAUGGAGGGGGUUCACUGGUGACACCAACUGCUUGCUCUGUCCCUGCUUCUGUCAAUACUCAAGUUACUCAGUCGAGCUCAAGCCCGCAACAGUCAGAGGUGGCUUCACAAUCUGAAGGCACCUGGCAUGAUACAACAGUUGGACUGGCAACAUCCUACCAACAACCAAUAUCCACCUGCGAUGCUGGUACAUGUAUGGAUGGUACUACGACGGAUGGCGGAGCUCCAGGAAUGGCGACUGAGCCGCCGGUCAUUGUUGACGCGGCUGGAAGUGUCGAACCUGUGAUAGGCCUUGCAGUCUUGGCAAUUGUUGUCGCACUUUAG